UGGGUCGCCGCGUGGACAUAGCUGUUUGGCAUCCAUUAGGCGGAGUAAACAACUCCUGAUAACAACUACCACUGACGGGGCUCAAGAGGCUGUGGCCCCACAGCCUAACUAGCCCCAUAAAACACCCAAGAAGAAGAAGAAGAAGUGAAACCCAACCCAACCCAACGUACCAGCCAUGGAGGAACACGGUGUGGUGCCCGACGUGCUACCCAAGGCCCCGCCAGCCACUGUGCAGGUGAAGUACGCGGAUGUUGAAGCGAACAACGGCAAUGUGGUGACCCCGACGCAGGUCAAGAGCCAGCCACAGCUGUCUUGGUCGGCCGAGGAGGGGGCUUUCUACACUGUUUGCAUGACAGACCCCGACGCCCCCAGCCGUGAGAACCCCAAGUUUGGCGAGUGGCAGCACUGGCUGGUGGCGAACGUACCGGGCAACGACGUGGCAGGUGGAGAGACCCUCAGCGAGUAUGUGGGUUCUGGCCCACCAAAGGGGACAGGGCUCCACCGCUACGUGUUUGUGGUGUACAAGCAGCCCGGGAAGCUGACCUUCGAUGAGCCGCGGCUUCCCAACACUUCCGCAAACGCUCGCAGGAGCUUCAAGAUCAACAAGUUUGCGGAGAAGUACAAGCUGGAGCUGGUUGCAGGUAACUUCUUCCGCGCAGAGUAUGACAGCUGGUGUGAGGAGGUGCACAAGCAGUUCACAUCUUAAAUGCACUGCAGAGAAGCAACUCUUGUGGCCGUCAAAGGCUUUGUCAUCAUUUACUGAAAUCACAAUGGCAAAGGGUCAUGGCAACAGUUCAUUCAGGACUGUUUACUUAUUUGUUUAGCUUCUCAAGAUUUUCCUGCUGUGAUUGAUUGGUAGUAUUUUAACCACCAUAGUAGUAGUGUGGUUUGUAAGGGAAUGCUCAUGAUUAAAUUGUUUGGGAAAUUUGUAGAGACAGCCCAAGUUUCCUGUUGUGAUUAUAUGGUAGUAUUUUAACCAGCACAAGAGUAGUAUGGCUGGUGAGGGAAUAUGAGCAGUGUGGCUUGUACGGGAAUAUUCAUGAUAAAAGCUUUGUUUGGGAAUUAAUACAUUUGUAGAAGAGACACCCCAAGAUUCCUGUUGUCAUUUGGUAUUGUUCUAACUAACAUAAAAAUAGUGUGGUUUGUAAGGGAAUAUUCAUGAUUUAGAUUUGUUUAGGAAAUAAUACAUAUAUGGAACGUACAACCCAAGUUUCAUUAAAAGUGUUGCGGGAUUCACACACUGUCAACAUUUAAGCCUUAACAGUAAUUAUGCACUGGCUGUGAUCUGUCAUUACGUUUUUCAGUUUUGAUGUCAAUAAAAUGGUUUCUGGCAAUUA